CUAUGAUUCAAAAAAAAAGUUUGGAAAUAUUAUUUUUGAUUUAGUUCUAUUUUGGUGAUUGCCUUUAAGGGAAUAAUAAAGCUGGAAAUUGAGGAUCCUACCAAUUGCAUGUGGAAUGAUCAAUUCAAAAGGCCCACAAAAGAUUAAUCUAAAAGCCAACUCAGCCAACCCAAUUGAACAAAUGUGCCAAGUUUUGUCACUAUACAUCAUCUAUCUGUCUUCUCACUGACUUUUUUUUAUAUGCCAAGUGAUCAUCAUACAGGUCUGUCUCUAAUUAUCUGGGUGAUUCAGAAUUUGUACUCACAGUAGGUUUCUUGCAGAGAAAACAACUGUUCAAACCCUAAACCUCCAAAUCAUUUCUUCCCUGCAUGAAAGAUGGAAACUGGAGUUGUCACCAUCCAAGAACCAGUCUCUACAAAGACUGAUGUUGGGGGAGUUCCUGCAGAAGUAAUACUUGAAAAAUCAUCCAUGGAAGUACAAAAGGUAAACCUGAGUACUGUUCUUGAUGAUGAGAUCACAAGUGGCGCCGAUCGUGGAAACAAUAUUAUUACGGGAGAAGCAGAUGUUGCAGAGGUUGUAAAUGGUUCAGGGGAUAAAGAAACCGAAGAAUUAAAACGCGAAAAUGGAGAAGCGACAAAGACUAUCUCGGUUCUAGAUGACAGUAAGAUCGUUAAAGAUGAUCAAGAAUCUAUUGUCGUUCGUGAACCUCAAAGCCUCAACGAAAAAAAAGAAGAUGAGAAGAUAAUCUUAAGUGAUGUGACUUUAGAGAAUAAGAAAGAAGAGGAUACUACCGGAAAGCCAGAAGAGGUUAGUGUCGAAAAGCCGGUAAUAGAAGAAGAUCAAACAGAAGCAAAACACUCACUAGAACAAGAAGAGGAUAUUGGUAACAUCUCUAAGGUAUGUGAAGAGAUACCGAUAAAGACUGAUGAAGUAAGAGAAGAAACAGAUUCAAGAACUGUUGAGACCUCUGUAAAUGGAACAGAGGCUGAGCACAAUGCAACGGUUUCAGUAGAAGAAAUCUCGAGGAACGGUGACAACACUGUGAAUGAAACAGUUUCAGAAGAUCAAACCGCGACAGAUGGUGAACCACUACAUGAUGUUGAAACUAUAAAAAGAGAAGCAGAACCGUUUUAUAAGACAGUUGUAGAAGAUGCUAAGAUCGUGAAUACUGAAGAAACUACAGCUCAUGAAUCUAAAAUCUUGAAGGAAGAUAAUCAUCAAGAGGAGUAUGCAGAAUCGGUAGAAGCAACCAAAAACUCAGACGCAGCAGAGCAAAGCUCACGUGAAGUGACUGUAGACAAAGAAAAGGAAGAGGACAUAAUCCAAAACAUAGAAGAGGUGCAAGAAAGUCCUAGUGUAAUGGAAUCACCGACAAUACAAGGAGAGGACAUUGAAUCAAAGGCUUCAUUAGACCAUGAGGAAGAGAUGGAUAAAAUCACAAAGGAUACUGAGGAACAAGAACAUGUGUUAGUGAGAGACGUACCAGUACCACAAAGUGAGACACUUGUAACGGAAGCUAAGACUGCAGAGACUUUUUCAGUCCAAGAAGCUGAGAUCUUGAAGACCAAUAUUAAUGAAUCAGAGGCACAUAGUGCCAUAGGUGGAGAAGAAGACGGUCAAGAGACAAAGGAAAACACAGAACCGAGUAAAGAUCUGAAAGACGAUAAAGAGCAAGAAGAUUCAGAGACGGUAAAGACCAUCAUUUCAUCUGAUGAGGUGAGAUCUUCUGAUGUUCAAGCAGAAGUAUUUGGUGAACAUACCGAACCUUGUAGCUCGGAGAUCAAAGAUGAUAGACAUGGAAGAGACGAAUCUAUUGAGGUCAAAGCUAAGGAGACAGGUCCAGAAAUAGAAACCGCAGUAGAUGGUGAAUCAGUACAUGAAAUUGAAACUACAGAAAGAGUUCUUCUUGAAGCAGAAAAAGAAGAAGACAAGGAAGAGAUAAAAAUAGAUGAAGAACCGAGUCUGAAUGCGAUAGAGAAAGCGGAAACAGAGAACGUAAAGAUAGUUAUAGAAGAGCCUGAGAUUGUUAAUAAUGAAGAAACUUCAGUCCAUGAAUCUGAAAGCUUGAAGGAGAAUGCAGAACCAGUGGAAGCAGUCAAAAACUCAGAUGGUACAGAGCAAAUCUCACGUGAAGUGACUGUAGACAGAGCAAAGGAAGAGGACAUAGCCCCAAAAACAGAAGAGAUUCAAGAACGUCCUAGUGAAUCAAAAGCUUCACUAGAACCUAAGGAAGAGGUAGAUCAUAUCUCAAAUGAGACAGAGGAACAUGAACAUGUAUUAGAGAGAGACGUACAACAGUGUGAGACCAUAGAAUCUGAGGCUGUUGAGACAAAAGAAGACACACAACCAAGUCUGGACCUGAAAGAGGAUAAAGAAACAGAGGAAGCAGAGACAUUCAAGACCGUCUUUUCGUCUGAUGAGGUAAGAUCUUCUGCUGUUCAAGAAGAACAAUUUGGUGAACAUACGGAACCUUGUAGCUCGGAGAUUAAAGAUGAGAGCCAUGGAAAAGAAGAAUCUGUUGAGGUCAAAUCUCAGGAGACUGUUCAAGACGAAAACACUGAGGACAAGCAUGAUGUACUUAAAGUUCCAUCUACAGAAUCAGAGAAGUAUCAAGGCAACGAACCCGAGACAGUUCUAGUCUCCAAUACAGGAAGCUAUGAGAAAUCUGAAAAAAGUCCAUCAGAUCUUGUGUUAAAUGUAGAUAAAGAGGAGCUGAAUGAUGAGAAGAUAAAUGUAGAUCAAGUUGAUGGUACUCAAAUUAUGGAGGAACCGAUAGGCUUAGACUCUAAUGGGGCAGAGGCAGAGCAAAUUGAUCAAAACAUAACCAAUGAAACAGAGGAAAUUCUAGUUGCAAAGCCGGUUUCUCUUCUGGAUGUUAAAUCAGUGGAGCAGAUGCAGAAGCCAAAACUUGAGUCUCCCUCUGAAGUAUCUGAGGAAACAAGCAAAACCGUAGAUGAGAAAAUCGAAGAAAAACCAGAAGAAGAAGUAACACUCUAUCAAGAAGGUCAAGUGGACGGUUCCUAUGGAUUAGAGACAAAAGAAGAGACAGUUUCAGUACCUGAGAGUAUUGAACUUGAAGAACAACCUCAGGAAGAAAGGAGUGUGAUUGAUCCGACUCCUCUGCAGAAGCCAACACUUGAGUCUCCUUCUGAAGUAUUAGAGGAAUCAAGCAAAACCGUUGAUGAGAAAAUCGAAGAAAAAACAGACAGUAUUGAGCUUGGAGAAAUAGCCCAGGAAGAAAGGAGUGUGACUGAUCUGACUCCUCUGCAAGAAGAAUCAUCCCAACCAAAUGAGCAAGAAAAGGAAACAAAGUUAGAGAAGCAUGAACCAACAAAUGAAGAAGUUAAAUCUGAUGAAGUCAUAGAAGUUUUAUCUGCAUCACCUUCAAAGGAACUGGAAGGUGAGACUGUUGUUGAAGCCGAAAAUAUUGAAAACAUAAAAGAGAAUGAAGAAGAACAAGCAGCAGAGAAGAUCCAAAAAAGUCUUGAGACUGUGCAAACAGUUGAAUCUCCUAGUUCAUUGCUAUUUUCUUCUGAGGAGCAAGAUCAUGUGACUGUUGCUGAGGAAAUAGUAGACGAAAAAGCGAAGGAGGAAGUACCGAUGCUCCAAAUAAAAAAUGAGGACGAUGCAACAAAAAUUCAUGAGACUAGAGUGGAGCAGGCAAGAGAUAUUGGACCUUCUUUGACUGAAAUAUGCUCUAUCAAUCAGAAUCAGCCAGAGGAACAAGUCAAAGAGGCAUGCUCCAAAGAGGAACAAGAAAAGGAAAUAUCGACGAACAGUGAGAACAUUGUGAAUGAAACGUAUGCGUUGCAUAGCGUAGAAGCUGCAGAAGAAGAAACUGCAACAAAUGGUGAAUCACUAGAUGAUGUGGAAACUACAAAAAGUGUUCUUCUUGAAGUGAGAAAAGAAGAAGAAGAGGCAGAGAUGAAGACAGAUGCAGAACCGAGGUUGGAUGCGAUAGAGAAAGAGGAACUAGAGACUGUAAAGACAGUUGUCCAAGACGCUAAGAUCGUUAAUAAUGAAGAAACUACAGCUCAUGAAUCUGAAAGCUUGAAAGGAGAUAAUCAUCAGGAGAAAAAUGCAGAACCAGUAGAAGCAACACAAAACUUAGAUGAUGCAGAGCAAAUCUCACGUGAAGUGACUGUAGACACAGAAAGGGAAGCGGACAUAACCGAAAAAAUAGAAAAGGUGCAAGAAGGUCCUACGGUAAUCGAAACACCAACAAUUCAAGGAGAGGACAUUGAAUCUGAAACCUCACUAGAACUUAAGGAAGAGGUAGAUCAAAGCUCAAAGGAUACAGAGGAACAUGAACAUGUAUUGGAGAGAGACAUACCACAAUGUGAGACCCUUAAAGCUGAGGCGGUAGAUACUUCAACAGUCGAAGAAGCUGCGAUCUUAAAGACUUUGGAGACCAAUAUUAGUGAACCAGAGGCAAUGCAUAGUGAAACCAGUCUGGACCUGAAAGUGGACAAAGAACAAAAAGAAGCAGAAACAGUAAAGACUGUCAUUUUUUCUAAUGAGGUGGGAACUUCCGAUGCUCAAGCAGAGGAAUUUGGUGAACAUACCGAACCUUGUAGCUCAGAGAUAAAAGAUGAAAGCCAGGGAAGCGAAGAAUCUGUUGAGGUAAAAUCUAAGGAGACUGUUCAAGGCGAAAGCAGUGAGGAGAAGGAUGUGAAUAUGCUUGAUGUACAAUCUGGAGAAUCAGAGAAGUAUCAAGAAAAUGAACCUGAUAUAUCUCUAGUCUCGAAGACAGAAAACGGAGAUAAAUUUGAAGAAAUUCCAUCUGUUGUUGAAGGUGCUGGAUUAGAUGAGACCACACACAACCAAACUCUUCUGGAUGUAGAAUCAGUGGUGAAGCAAUCUCUUGAUACUCCUUCUGAAGAGGAAACAAGCAAAACCAUAGAUGAGAAGAUCGAAGAUAAACCAAAAGAAGAAGUAACAUUGCAUCAAGAAGGUCGAGAGGAAGGUUCUUAUGGAUUAGACACAAAAGAUGAGGCAGUUUCAGUACUAGAAAGUAGGGAGCUCGGAGAACAACCCCAGCAAGAAGAAUUAUGCCUGGCAAAUGAGCAAGAAAACGAAACAAAGUUGCAGGAAGAGCAAGUAGACAAGCAUGAACCAACGAAGGAAGAAGUUUCUAAUGACCAGCAGAGUCCUGUUGAAGAAAUAUCUAAUGAAGUUAUACAAGUUUCGUCUGCAUCACUUUCAGAGGGACCAGAAUAUGAGACCGUUGUUGAAGCCGAAAAGAUUGGGGAAGAACAAGUAGCAGACAAGAUCCAGAAAAGUUUUGAAACAGGUGAAAUAGUUGAAGCGCAUAGCUCAUUGCCAUCAUCUUCCGAGGAGAAAGAACAUGAGACUGUUUCCGAGAAGACAGACGAUGAAAAAGUGAAGGAUGCAGAACCAAUAGGAGAUAUGAGGGAGAGAGGUCUUGACAUUGCUGAAACAACACAUCUGAGUCUUCCAUCCGUUGAUCAGAAAGAGGAUGUCGAUGAAAUUCAUAUUCCAUCAGUUGCAUUGCCAUUGGAUGAGCAGGAAAAAGUUACUUCAACAGAAAAAGGAGAAACAAAAUCAAGUGAAGCUGAAGAUGAUAAACCGGAUGAACAUGUCGAUUCUUCAACCUCGCCAAUGUUAUCAGAGAAAAAUGAUAAUGAAACUCAGACUUCAAAGACAUCAGAAGAUGUAUGCAUGCAACAAGAAGAGUCUGGGACACUUGAAGUUCCAAAGCCAGAGGAGUCAAAAGAAGACAAGAGCCAAGAAAUUUCUGAGACCAUCGAAGAAAUUGAAGCUACUAGUGAUCAGACUCUUCCCAUCGAAACAUCACAUACAGAUAAUACUCUAUCAUCUGAAUUAGUGUCAGAACAAGAUGACCAGAGUCCUAAGAAGGUUGAGGAGAUUCAUGAGGAAGAACCAAAGGAAGCACACGAUGUAGAAGCUACGAGUGAACGGAAUCUUCCAGUUGAAACAUCCGAUGCAGAUAAUACUCUGUCCUCUCAGUUAGUGUCAGAAACAAAGGAAGAACACAAGUUACAGGCUGGAGAAAUCCUCCCUACCGAAAUUAUUCCAAGAGAAUCAUCUGAUGAAGCUCUAGUUUCCAUGUUGGCUUCUAGGGAAGAUGAUAAAGUGGCUCUUCAAGAAGAUAAUUGUGCAGAUGACGUUAGAGAAACAAAUGACAUACAAGAGGAACGAUCUAUUUCUGUGGAAACAGAAGAGAGUGUAGGAGAAACAAAACCAAAAGAGCAUGAAGAUGAAAUAAGGGAUGCACAUGUCGAGACUCCAACCGCACCAAUAAUCUUGGAGGAGAAUGAUAGUGAGACUCUGAUUGCAGAGGCAAAGAAAGGAAAUGAAGAAAUUAAUGAAACAGAGAGAACAGUGGCUUUGGACCAUGAAGAAGAGUUUGUGAACCAUGAAGCUCCAAAGUUAGAGGAGACAAAGGACGAGAAGAGCCAAGAAAUUCCUGAGACUGCCAAAGCAACAGAAACUACUAUUGAUCAGACUCUUCCAAUUGGAACUUCACAAGCAGAUCAGACUCCAUCCUUAGUUUCAGAUAAGGAUGACCAAACUCCAAAGCAAGUUGAGGAAAUUCUUGAAGAAGAAACAAAGGAAACACACAAGGUACAAGCUGAAGAUAUCUUUUCUACGGAAACCGUUCCAAAAGAAUCAUUCAUUGAAGCUCCAGUUUCCAUGCUUGCUUCUGGGGAAGACGAACCAGUGACUCCACAAGAAGGCGAUUAUGCAGCUAACACACAAGAGGAACGACAUGUUUCUGCAGAAACAGAAGAGAAGGUAGGAGAAACAAAACCAAAAGAAUCACAAGCCGAAGGAGCAGAAAAAUCAGAUGAUCAGGUUGAGGAUGAAAGUACAAAGAAAACGGAUGUUGAAGUGGCUGGGUUAGAAAAUGAUUAUCCUACAGAGGAGGCAGAGCAUGGAGAUGAGACUUACUCAACUCUUCCAGUUGUUGGAAUCUUGACACAACUCCAAACUACAUUGGAGACUGAGAGAGCAAUCAAUGAUUCUGCAUCAUCGGAAGUAAGCAUGAUAAAAGAGCCUGCAGAUCAAGAAGAAAAGAAAGGUGAUGAUGUGGUUGAAUCAAAUGAAAAAGAUUUUGUUUCUGAUAUCUUAGAAGCAAAAAGAUUACACGGAGAUAAAAGUGGAGAAGCUGAAAAAAUCAAGGAAGAAAGCGGUCUUGCAGGGAAAUCUCUUCCAAUAGAAGAAAUCAAUUUGCAAGAGGAACAUAAAGAAGAGGUAAAGGUACAAGAGGAAACUAGGGAGAUUGCACAAGUGUUACCUAGAGAGGAAAUUCUGAUUUCAUCUUCUCCAUUGUCUGCUGAGGAGCAAGAGCAUGUGAUUUCUGAUGAAAAGCAAGAAGAACGUGAGCCACAACAAGAUUUCAAUGGUUCAACAUCAGAGAAGAUAAGUCUCCAAGUAGAGCAUCUCAAAGAUUUUGAAACAUCUAAGAAGGAGCAGAAGGACGAGACUCAUGAAACUGUUAAAGAAGAAGAUCAAAUUGUUGAUAUCAAAGACAAAAAGAAGGAUGAUGAGGAACAGGAAAUUGUUUCAUCAGAAGUGAAAAAGGAUAACAAAGAUGCGCGUGAGCUUGAAGUUGGUAAUGAUUUUGUUUCGCGGGAUGGGGAAAAAGAGGAAGUACCUCACAAUGCACUGGAGAAUGAAGAAGAGAUGAAUGAGGUAGUUGCAUCAGAGAAGCAAAUUUCAGAUCCAGUGGGAGUCAUCAAGAAAGCUAGUGAAGCUGAGCAUGAAGACCCUGUUGAUGAUAUAAAGAGCAAUGAUGAUAGGGAUUUUCCAACAGAACAAGCACCAAAGGAUCAGAGCGACGAGGUUAGUGCUGAUGAAACUGUCCCUAAAGAAGCAAUAGGCGAGGAACUUAAGGUUCCAUCCUCAAAAGUACUAGAUGAUAUUCAAGAGAACAGUAACACGGAAGCAGUGACGAACUUUGCUGACCGAGAUCUUCCAGUACAGAAUCUAAGUGAACUCAUUCAGUCUCAUCAAUCUCCCAAUCAGGUGGAAGAAACAUCAUUUGAAUUCAACAAGGCACAAGAAGAUAAAAAAGAGGAAACUGUUGAUGCUUUGAUUACGAACGUGCAAGUGCAAGAUCAGCCCAAGGAAGAUUUUGAGGCUGCUGCAAUAGAGAAAGAGAUAUCAGAACAAGAACACAAGUUGAAUGAUCUCACCGAUGUCCAAGAAGAUAUUGGUACAUAUGUUAAAGUGCAAGUUCCUGAUGAUGAAAUAAAAGGUGAUGGCCAUGAUUCAGUUGCAGCACAAAAGGAAGAAACUAGCUCAAUAGAGGAGAAGAGAGAGGUUGAACAUGUCAAGGCAGAGAUGGAAGAUGCAAUCAAACAUGAAGUUUCCGUAGAAGAGAAGAACAACACAUCUGAAAAUAUUGAUCACGAAGCUGCAAAAGAGAUAGAGCAAGAGGAGGGUAAGCAAACAAAUAUUGUCAAGGAAGAGAUCAGAGAAGAAGAGAAGGAAAUAAAUCAAGAAAGUUUCAACAAUGUGAAGGAAACUGAUGAUGCGAUAGACAAAACACAACCCGAAAUUCGGGAUAUUGAAAGCUUGUCUUCCGUCAGCAAAACACAAGACAAACCAGAGCCAGAAUAUGAAGUUCCAAACCAACAGAAAAGGGAAAUAACCAAUGAAGUUCCAAGCCUGGAGAAUUCAAAGAUUGAAGAAGAACUACAGAAAAAAGAUGAAGAAUCUGAGAACACCAAAGAUUUGUUUUCAGUAGUAAAAGAAACUGAACCAACAUUGAAAGAACCGGCAAGGAAAUCACUAUCUGACCACAUCCAAAAAGAGCCUAAAACAGAGGAAGAUGAGAAUGAUGAUGAAGAUCAUGAACAUAAAGAUGAUAAAACAAGUCCAGAUUCAAUAGUGAUGGUUGAAGCUAAAGAUACAGUAAGCAUUGUCAAGACUCAUAAGAAAUCUCACGGCAUUCUCUCUGGUGUUGGUUCAAAGGUAAAGCAUUCAAUUUCUAAGGUCAAGAAAGUACUCACUGGCAAAUCUUCUCACACAACAAAGCCUUCAUCACCUACAUAAGUGAAGAAACAAGAAAAACACAAUCAGUGUCUAUAAAAGGUUUUUUAUUGGUUUGUUAUUUUUUUUAUUGGUUUGUAAUAUGUGAAUAUUACAGAUUUGUUUGUGGGGUUUUUCACAUGUUCAAUAAAUUGGUUUGGUUAUUUGUUUUU